CAGGCUGCGCUGGGGACUGCGGUGCCGCAAGCCGGGAGAGAGGCGGCUGGAGCUGAGCGCGUCACUGGAGCGAAGAGACGCUGCACAGCCCUAUAGGCGGAGACGCACUGGCCGCUGCGGGAGCAGAGGUAUAAAAGUGCUGCGAGAACGGGCGAGCGCCACCGAGGGCUUGGGUGACAGAGGCGGGUGGCAGUCAGCACAGUCCUCUGCAUUCCGGAGUUCCCUCUGCGGUCCGGACUCCUUGCGGAUCUCGGUGGCCUUUCCAGUCGGGACCCGGCGUGGUCCAGGUUUCUCCGAGGUCGGGGCUCCUUCUGUGCUCCGCGCCCCUCGUGCUCUGGUUCCUUCUGCCUUGCGCACCUCUGUAGCCCGGUGUGCUAAGCGCCCCGCGGCCAGCCUUCACGCACCGAGCCGGCGGGGAGUCCGACCCUUGCGUCCAGAGCCGCGGUGGCUGGGCAUGAUGGUCCCUCCUGUCCUGCUGCUCUUUCUCCUGUCCUCGGUGCUAGGCACCGAGCAGCCGCAGGUCGUCACUGAGCAUCCGAGCAUGGAGGCAUCCCUGACCGGGACCAAUGCUUCGCACUUCUGGACCAACUACACUUUCUCCGACUGGCAGAACUUCGUGGGUAGGAGACGCUAUGGGGCCGAGUCCCAGAACCCCACGGUGAAAGCCCUUCUCAUCGUGGCCUACUCGUUCAUCAUCGUCUUCUCGCUCUUCGGCAAUGUCCUGGUCUGUCAUGUCAUCUUCAAGAACCAGCGCAUGCAUUCUGCCACCAGCCUCUUCAUCGUCAACCUGGCAGUGGCAGACAUCAUGAUCACGUUGCUCAACACGCCAUUCACUUUGGUUCGCUUUGUAAACAGCACAUGGGUGUUUGGGAAGGGGAUGUGCCAUGUCAGCCGCUUUGCCCAAUACUGUUCUCUGCACGUCUCAGCACUGACACUGACAGCCAUUGCUGUGGACCGUCACCAGGUCAUCAUGCACCCCUUGAAGCCUCGGAUCUCCAUCACCAAGGGUGUCAUCUAUAUUGCUGUCAUCUGGGUCAUGGCCACCUUCUUCUCACUGCCACAUGCCAUCUGCCAGAAGCUGUUUACCUUCAAGUACAGCGAGGACAUUGUGCGCUCCCUCUGCCUGCCGGACUUCCCAGAGCCGGCUGACCUCUUCUGGAAGUACCUGGACCUGGCCACCUUCAUCCUGCUCUACCUCCUCCCACUCUUUAUCAUCUCGGUGGCCUAUGCCCGUGUGGCCAAGAAGUUGUGGCUGUGCAACACCAUUGGCGACGUGACCACGGAGCAGUACCUGGCCCUGCGGCGCAAGAAGAAGACGACCGUGAAGAUGCUGGUGCUCGUGGUGGUCCUCUUUGCUCUCUGCUGGUUCCCUCUCAACUGCUACGUCCUCCUGCUCUCCAGCAAGGCCAUCCACACCAAUAACGCCCUCUACUUUGCCUUCCACUGGUUUGCCAUGAGCAGCACUUGCUACAACCCCUUCAUCUACUGCUGGCUCAAUGAGAAUUUCAGGGUGGAGCUAAAGGCCUUGCUGAGCAUGUGCCAGAGGCCACCCAAGCCUCAGGAAGACAGGCUUCCCUCCCCAGUUCCUUCCUUCAGGGUGGCGUGGACAGAGAAGAGCCACGGUCGGAGCGCUCUGCUAGCCAAUCACCACCUGCCCUCUACCCAGAUCCAGUCUGGGAAGACAGAUCUGUCCUCCGUGGAGCCCAUUGUGGCCAUGAGUUAAGGGAAGCAGGACGAGGUGGGGAAAGGCUGUGUCCUCUCACAAUGGACUCGAUACUCAGUGUCGGAAAGUCCUACAGAAGCAGUGAGAUGCUUGGGUUCCUAGAAGUCUGUCCAGCGCCCCCCAACUCCCCCGCAAUCUGAUGUGUAAACCACCUAGAAGGUGCCAUAGGUGUUGUGCCCAGAUCUUUGAGAGAGAGCUCUGAAAGCCCCUUCAGUCCACCCCCAGCAGCCCAGCACCUGCCACCUUGCCCUCCCCACUACUGAACACCCACAGGCGACCUGAACUAUUGGUGGGCCUGAUCCAUGUGCCCAGAAAUCAGCUUCACUAGCCGGGAAGAACGGCACAAAAGCUUUCGGGAAGUCACUGGACCAAGCGUAAUCACACAUCUUCAAUGGCCGUGAUCAGACAGGACCCAUUUUGGCUUCUUAAAAUAAAAAGAAAUAAUUUAUCAUUACCAUUUUCAGAAAAAAAUGUUCAGAAAGGUACAGGAAUGAAUGAAUAUCACCCUGCUAGCCCAUCAAUUUGUAAAAAUGCCUAUUAAUGUGCUGUGAAUUUGUAACUUUGCCCUCUGUGUGUGUGUGUACAUGUUUGUAGCUCUAAAAUUCUGAACUCCAUGUGUCCAUUUAGAUUGUAAUAAUUAGCAAGAAAUGGAAGUACAUCACAGUACUCCUGAACCCCCCAUGAUGAGUGGGGUCCCUCAGCAUAACUGAAGAGGGGAGGGGAAGGGAGGGCAAGCUAAAGUUUGGCUCCAUCUUGCAGCCAAUGGUGGGUGGGGCCUGGCCCUCUCCUUGGCAGCAGCCAUCAAAAGGAGCAGUACAAGGAGCUGGGAGGUAGGACCCCUUCCCCCAGCCCCCGAAAAUGAGAGAGAGUUCUGUUUUCACGGGCAAUGAGGGAGCUUGCUUUCCAAUGAGCUGGAAUAAUUGUGCUUUGACACCUCAUCUGCCCAAACCGUCUAGACAGGACAUUUCUCUUUGUUGUCUGAAAGAUGAAAUUUUUUUCACACCAAUUCCUGAAACAAGAUUCCCUGUCAACAGCACCUGAAAAAUUCAUGU